AUGUCUUCGAUAAAUCUUCAAGAACGUCAAGAAUUAAUUCAAACAUAUGACAAUCAAUUAAAAGAAUAUUAUAAAAACUUUGAAAAGCUAUUAAGCGAACUUUCGUGGGAUAUAGAAACUUUAAGAAUUCAUGAACAGGAAUCCAAAUCAUCAAUAACGUGUCCUUUUAAUGCUGCUCAUAAAGUUCCUACAAAAUCUUAUGAGAAGCAUUAUAAAAGGUGUGAAUUAAAGUAUCAUGGAAUUACUGAAUGUGGAAAGCGAAAACGUCUACCAAGUUCGACUUUUUUUUACGAAAAUUCACCUUGUGUGAUAACUUUGGUUAAAGAUUAUGUAAAGGAAUCGCAAAAAAAUGUCAAGGAUGAGUCUAUGAAUAUUGGAGUGGGUCAAAGUUUAACCGUUAGUCAAAGACUUGAAGCAUACGAAAGGGAGAUUGAGAUUUCUAAUCAAAUUCGAGAAGAAAAUCAAAAACAAAAGCGUGACGAAUAUCAAAAUUUUGAUGAAGUUUGGAAAGCCGUUCAGAAAAAAAAAGGAGAAAACCAAGGGCAAAAGUCACAUACUGAACUCCUUGCUGAAAAACGUGAUUACAAACGUCGAAGAAAAUCUUACAGAGCAAAAAAUAUCAAGAUCACUCAACGCACUCCAACGCAGGGAUCUCAUAGCGGCAUAUAUGGAAGAUUUCAAAUUGUUGUGGGAAUUUGA